CAAGAGGGCAGUUUCUUCGAAGUGGACAUCCGGGCGAGAGGCGUCGGAAGCCAGCCCCAUCCCGGGGAGACAGCGCGGUGUCCAGCCCACAACGUCGAGUGUUCUCGGGAAGUUCUCCGCGCUGGAGUCAGGGCUCCAUCGGAUCAGGAAGAAGACCAAGCUCUGUCCGCCCGGAGGGAGAUCUGACUGCGGCAGGACUGGCGCCCAUCACCGUGGCCUCGCUCCCUAAACCUCUUUCAGCCGCCGCCUGCGCCGACACGAUGCCCCAGCUGCGGGCUGAGUCGAGUUGCAUCAGCCGUCGUCUGCUCCGCCCCCCCUUCCUCCUUCUCCUGCUCUUCCACCUGCUGGGCUUCGAGGCCGCCGAGUCGUCGACAUCGGUUCGGUCGGGGCACGUCCCGCAGCUGCUCUCGCCUAGGAUGCCGUCAGCCAUCAGCCACCGAGCAGCUUGGCUGCAGAAGAGGCUAAUCACAAAAGAUCUUUCUUACAACACUGACAACACAUGGCUGGCGAGGAAGCAGCCUGUGGUGGCACCAAGCAGUCAGCUUCACCUUCAUGUCCUCCUCACUCAUGGGCUGGACCCCCAGCGGCCUAGCAGUCACCCUCUGCAUCAGCUCUUACGGGCUACAGUCCAGCGUCAAAAGCGCCAUGCAGCAGCUCGUCUGCACCAUGCUCAACUGAUGCGUGUUGGCUGUGCCUUGGGUACCUGCCAAGUGCAGAAUCUGAGCCAUCGGCUUUGGCAACUGAAGGGCCAGUCAGGACGUCAGGACUCCUCCCCUAUAAACCCCAAUAGCCCUCACAGCUAUGGGUGAGGGGAGAUAUGGACUCCAGGACUGGAGAGUGUCUUCUGCCUACCCUGUCGUGCUCCCUGCCCCCCAGCAUCCUCCUGCUCAAGGAUUUGUAGUGCCCCCAAGCCACCCACGACUGGUUGGUCUUCUGGUCUAGAACAGGGCUCCUGAAUUGAAGAGAGCUCUCCCUGCUGGAGGGGGCUAUGAAGUGAGCAUGGCCCUAUCCUUGACCAUAGCAGCACAAAGCAGGGAUGGCACUGGGGGGUUCAGGAGCUUAUGGAAAGCCGUGGAGCAGCAGCACCAAUUCUCCAGCCUCAGACUAUCCCUUAUAAUAGGGAAGGGGGUCAGAAAGGCUGCCCACCUGCACCAAAUCCUAACUCAAAAAUUUGCACUUGUUUUGGAAACUAAUAAAUAUGUAAGCAACGGUUC